AUGGCGAGAUUGAUACCAUUCCCAGCACACCCGGAGGUCGGCCUUCAGCAUCUGCAGGAGACCGUCAGUGCCCUGUACAGCUGGCAGCAAGUAAGUGAGGGUUUCCAUGUUUCUUGGGCGAGGGGCCUUUACAAAAAGGGCAGUGAGUGGUACAACGCGACUGUGUCUGGCAGCGAUGUGAAAACAACCAGCCCGCCAGAUGUGGUUGCACAAGGCGGCGAAGGAGAUCAUGGAGACUUCACGCCCAUCAGCCAGACAAUCCCGACAACCAUUGCACCAGGCACGAUGCCGGAAGGUGGCGAAGGGGACCCCGCGCCUGAGGACCCCGCAGUUGCGAGCACCAUAGCUGCGACUACCAAUGCACCAGACGCUGCGACCACCGUGGCUGCCACCACCAACGCACCAGACGCGGCUACGAAGGGCAACCAAGGGGAUCUCACACCCGUGAAUCAGACAACCCCAGACAGCGAGCUGGAAAGUCUUGCAAGGUACACCAUGCCCAAGCUUGUGGGGGAACUGAAGGAUGAUCUGUUGGGACCCCGCGACGUGAAGAUUCAUGGCGAUCUUGCUUUUAUCGUCACUUCAUCAAAUCCCGGACUCAGCGUCGUCAGCCUGUCAGACCCUGCCCAUCCAACACCGAUAGGCUCAGUGCACGAUGACAAUAUCAUGGCUGAGGCUCGGGCUGUCGCUCUAAGCCAAGAAAGUGACCACCAUGCUUUCGUGGUUGCUGCGGGGGCCUCCUCGCUGACAGCUAUUGACAUCUCUGAUCCGGCAAAUAUGCGUGUAGUUGGCUCACUGCAAGAGCCGAAGGCCCUCAGUGGAGCCCGGGCAGUUGCCGUUCACGGCGGCUAUGCCUUCGUUGCAGGUACCUAUUCUCACACCCUGUGUGUCAUCGACAUUUCCAGGCCAGCGCACAUGACUCUGACAGGAUCACUCCAUGAUCCUGAUGAUAUGCAGUUUCCAACCAGCGUCGCUGCUCUCGAUAACUUCGUGCUGGUCACGAGCUCCACUGGCCAUGCGUUGGUGAUCAUCGAUAUCUCCAACCCGACACGUCCGGAGAAGUACAGUGUGCUGGGUGAUCUGCCGAGCCUUCGAGAAGCACGGUCUGUGGCUGUCCAGGGUAGUUAUGCUUAUGUUGCUAGCGCUACGCCCAACACGCUUUCCGUCAUUGAUUUGACAGACGUAAAGAACCCAGUUCUCGUCUCCGUGGUGGAGCGUGUCACUGCUGACAUGGCAAGCCAUGUGGCCGUUGACUGCCGUUUUGCUUAUGUUGCAAGCGCAUACAAUGAUGCCCUCACUGUCAUCGACAUCCACGAGCCACGUUCGCCGGUUUACGUCGGCACUUUGAAGGAUCACGCUGAGCUCAACGGCAUCGAGACUGUUGCCAUCUCGGGGCAGUACGGAAUGUUUGUCAGCCCUGCGAACAAUGCUGUCGUCGCCUGGCAGCUGCCAUAUUACUGCAACAAGACGUCUUCAGCACCUGCGCAGGAGUUUGGAGAAUCCGAAGCGACUGUGCAGAAGGUGCAGGGAUGA